AUGUCAGCUUCUGGCUCAAAUACUGAUGAUACCGAAAUGAUGUUCAACGAGUUCGGAAGUGGCUUAUUUCCCCAGCAACCUGAAUCUAACAAUUCAGAGCCAGAUGUAUUUCUGGUGCCACCCUUACCCGGAUUUGUGAAUGACCACAACGAUAACUUAUCUCUGGAAUUCGAGGCCAUACAGCCUGGCAAUGAUGACUCGGCUGAAGAUGACGAUGGGUUCCAAACACCCAGCGACAAGGAGUCUACUUCCAGUGGCGUUGACAUCGAUUCUGGAUCUGCACCUCUAGACGAGGCCACCCUUCAGGCUGGGUCUUCUACCGUCCCUUCUCCCAUACCUUUGAUCCACUCUAUCUCUUGGUCGGGUGGUGUGGAUGAGAAUUCCCCAGACCCUUUCUCAUCCCAUGCUGACACACGGCCCCGGACAUCCUAUUUGUCAGGGACCGACCCGGGGUCGAGAGCGCCUGGGUGUAUCGCCCAAGGCUGA